UAACAGAAAGCAGCUGUGCUAUAGGUGUUUUCAUUCGAUAAUUUAGCGAAAAUGUUUUUUUGUAACGAGUUUAACAAGAUAAAUUAAUGUGAAACGCAAAGUUAAGAUGUCGAGCCGUCGAUCCAUACUGGGCUCUACCCUGGACGCGCUGCCCGCCCCUACAGAUCCCCUGAGAGAACUCUUCGAAGCAUGCAAGAUCGGAGAUGCAGCGAGAGUGAAAAAGUUAAUAACUCCACAAACUGUGAAUGCAAGGGACACUGCAGGACGUAAAUCAACUCCUCUACACUUCGCUGCGGGAUAUGGACGCAGGGAAGUGGUAGAGAUCCUCAUAGCGGCCGGGGCGGCGCUCCAGGCGCGGGACGACGGGGGCCUGCAGCCACUCCACAACGCGUGCUCGUUCGGCCACGCCGACGUGGUCCGUGCGCUGCUGGCGGCCGGGGCGGCGCCGGCGGCCCGGGACAACUGGGGCUACACCCCGCUGCACGAGGCCGCUGCUAAGGGCAAGGUCGAUGUUUGCAUCGCACUGCUGCAGCAUGGCGCGGACCCAAACAUUCGCAACACGGAGGGCAAGACCCCUCUGGACCUUGCGGACUCCGCCACCCGACCUGUGCUCACCGGUGAAUACUGUGCGGCGGAUGUCCUCGAAGCGGCUCGCUCGGGAGCUGACGACCGCCUAGCGUCUCUCCUCACCCCUCUAAACGUGAACGUGCAUGCUCACGAUGGGCGGCGUUCCACCCCCCUCCACCUGGCCGCCGGGUACAACCGCGCCAGGGCAGUUAGGCUGCUCCUGCAGCGCGGCGCUGACGUCCACGCCAAGGAUAAGGGCGGUCUAGUUCCACUGCACAACGCGUGCUCGUACGGGCACUACGAGGUGACAGAGCUGCUGGUGCGCGCAGGCGCAGACGUCAAUGCCACGGACCUGUGGGCCUUCACGCCGCUGCACGAGGCCGCCAGUAAGGCGCGGCUGGAGGUGUGCUCGCUACUCCUGAGCGAGGGUGCGGACCCCACGUUGCUUAACUGUCACGGCAAGUCGGCCCUCGACGUUGCGCCCACCAGGGAGCUGCAGGAGAGACUCGCAUUUGAAUACCGCGGCCACUGUCUGCUGGAGGCGUGCCGGCUGGCGGAGCCCGCAAGGGUCAAGAAACAACUGUCUUCCCUCACCGGCAACCAGCAUCAGAGCCCCCUGGUGUCCAGCAGCGGCAACAGCCCCCCGGCGCUGCCCGGAGAGUGCUCCCUGGAGGCGCUGGUGAACUUCCAGCACCUCACCACCCACGACCGGCCCCUGCAUGAAGCCGCCGCCAGCGUCUACCCUAAAAGGAAGCAGGUUAUGGAGAUGCUGAUCAGAAAGGGAGCUAGAGUGAAUGAAAAGAACAAGGAAGGUCAGACACCGCUGCACGUUGCUACAGAACACUCUCACCUGGACGCCAUGGACCUACUGCUUAGACAUGGUGCGAAGGUGAACGCGUGCGACGGGCGCGGCGAGAGCGCGCUGUCGCUGGCGGCGCGGCGGGACUCCGCCCCCGCCUGCCGCCUGCUGCUGGCCUGCGGCGCUGACACACGCCCCGAGCCGCACUACGCCCAGCCGCAGGAGGCGUGCGCCAGCGCAGCGGCGCUGCGCCUGCUGGAGGCGGCGCGCACGGGCGACGUGGAGGGCGCCCGCGCCGUGCUGGACGCGCGGCCAAGGCUCGUCAACUGCAGGGACGUGGACGGCCGCCACUCCACGCCGCUGCACUUCGCCGCCGGAUAUAACCGAUUGCCGCUUGCUCAAUUAUUGCUGCAAAGAGGCGCCGAUGUCCAUGCAAAAGACAAAGGCGGCCUAGUCCCCCUCCACAACGCGUGCUCGUACGGGCACUACGAAGUGACGGAGCUCCUCCUGUCGUGCGGCGCGGGAGUGAACGCGGCGGACCUGUGGCGGUUCACGCCGCUCCACGAGGCUUGCGCGAAGGGCAAGCAGGAUAUAGUGCGGUUACUGCUCAAGCACGGCGCGGAUCCCAGUAGGAGGAACAGGGAUGGCUUGACUCCCCUCCAAUUGGUGCGAGCAGGAGACACUGAUACAGCCGACGCUUUAAGGGGUGAUGCGGCGCUGCUAGAUGCUGCCAAACGAGGGGACCUGAACAGAGCUAGGAAAUUAAUAACACCACAAAAUGUGAAUUGUCGAGAUUCGCACGGAAGGAACUCGACGCCAUUACAUCUUGCCGCGGGCUACAACAAUUUGGAAGUAGCUGAGGCCCUCCUGGAGGCGGGCGCGGCGGUCUCCGCGAGAGACAAGGGCGGCCUAGUCCCACUGCACAACGCGGCGUCCUACGGCCACUUAGAACUGGCGGCGUUACUGCUGCGGGCGGGCACGCCACCCAACGCGGCGGACAGGUGGGGGUUCACGCCGCUCCAUGAGGCCGCGCAUAAGGCUCGCACGCAGUUGUGUGCGUUAUUGCUGGCGCACGGUGCGGACCCGUUCCUCAAGAACCAGGAGGGCCAGACUGCGCUGGCGCUGGCGGGCGCGGAGGACGUGCGCUCGCUGCUGCAGGACGCCAUGACGGCCGCCACGGGCGAGUGCCCCGCCGCGCCGCACGCGCCGCUGCCGCCGCCGCGGGCCGCCGUGCUCAUGCCCAGCGGGGACACCGUGCCGCUGGCGCUGCCGGUGAUGCCGAGCAACUACUGGGCGGAGGGCUCGCGAGGCAGUCUGGAGGACGCCGCGGGCAGGCCUGCCUCCGCCCUGUCCACCUCCGAAUCGCUACAGACCUUCCUGUCCAGCAUCGGCCUAGAACAACUGGCGCCGGUUUUGGAACGCGAACAGAUCACAAUUGACAUCCUCUCGGAGAUGUCGCACGAAGACCUCCGCGCGGUCGGCGUAGCGGCCUAUGGGCACAGGCAUCGUCUACUCAAGGCCGCCAGGCAUACACUCCACACUCAAUCAGAAUGGUACGGCGGUACGACGCUGAUAGACGUGACAGCCAACUCGUCAGAAGAGUGCGGAGAUAGCGAGUACACCAUAGUCGAGAGAGAGAUGCAAGCUAGCGUGCGUGCCCACAGGGACCACGCCGGCGGCCACUAUUCGCACUACAACGUUGUCCGGAUCCAGAAGUUGGUGAACGGGCGGCUCUGGGAGCGCUACCAGCACCGGCGGCGCGAGGUGGCUGAGGAGGCGGGCUCGCCCAACGAGCGGAUGCUGUUCCACGGGUCGCCCUUCAUCAACGCCAUCGUGCAGAAGGGCUUCGAUGAGCGACACGCCUAUAUCGGCGGCAUGUUCGGCGCGGGCAUAUACUUCGCCGAGCACUCGUCUAAGUCUAACCAGUACGUGUAUGGCUUCGGAGGAGGCUCCGGCUGCCCGACCCACAAGGACCGCAGCUGCUAUCUGUGCCACAGACAGAUGCUGCUGUGCCGCGUGACGCUGGGCCGCGCGUUCCAGCUGCUGAGCGCCAUGAAGAUGGCGCACGCGCCGCCCGGCCACCACGCCGUGGCGGGGCGGCCCUCGCAGGGCGGGCUGUGCUUCCCCGAGUACGUGGUCUACCGCGGAGAGCAGGCGUACCCAGAAUACCUGAUUACUUAUCAAAUAGUGAACGGAGAGAGUUCGACGGGCGCAGUGUAAAUAUUACUGGUGUACUAUUAUUACCAGUGGAGUGCCGUUCCCGUAUUUGAUUAGAAAUAGUCACUUUUGAAGAUUCACGCAUUUUAUACAUAGUAAACUGUUUUACCCGACUGUGGCGAGGCAAAAGGAGGGUUAUAAUUAAAGCACAUAAUAACGGGUUCUUACCGCGUUUAAAUGGGGAUAUGAGACUCCCGAUAUUUCGACACUGUUGCAAGUGCCAUGAUCACGGGAUGACUGAUGAGAUUGGAGUGGAGUAGGUAGAUCCAUAAUUUUCUACGGGCAGACAUAUCUGUCUACCCUCUUUCUCUGCCGCUUGUUUAUGUUUUUGAUACCCGUUAUUAUGUGCUUUAAUUAUGAUAAUAACCGCGUAAACUUAAAACAAGGAGGGUUAUGUUUAACACAAUUGGAUAUGGUAAAACUAAUUAUUAACUUGUUUGGAAGUUUAAAGUGAGAGGUUGUUAGGGUCGAAGUGAACAAUAUAAACUAAACAGCCUAUAUAUGGGUUGUUCUUCUUUUUUAUCGACAAUGAUCUGUCCUUCGUUCUGCUUCUGAUAAGUUAUGUUUUAGAAUUUUAUUUCAUAUUUUGAUUGUCCAAAAAUAUAGUUAUCUUAUUAUACUCAAAAUACAAGCAAAAUACUAAUCGGUUCCUCAAUUAGUUAUUAACGUAGCUUGAUCGUUUUUCACAAAAUUAUAUGACAGAGUGGUAAAUUGAAAUGCUGUCUCCGAUGAAAAGGGCCACUCUGUCACAAUAUUUUUUGGAAUGCGCCUGCAAAGAAAAGUAUGUUACCAAGAUAAAGAGAACCACUAAAUAGUCCUCUACAGACACAUCUUUAUAUGAUGUUUUAAAAUAUUUAUUGUCGGUAUAAUUUUAAAGAUGUUAAAUCCGAUAAAUCGAGAAAAUGUCUUUUUAUUGUCGAUAAAAAAGAAGAACGACCCAUAUACAAGGUGUUAGUGACAUCGUAACGAAUACUAAGGGGGAUGAUUCAGACCAUAAUUUUGAUUUAAUAUCAUGUGGAAUUUUUCGUCGCAAAAUUCAUGUCAUUUUUUUGUUUAUUAUUUUAUUUUUAAUUCUGUACUUUUGCGAUGGAAAAUUCCACUUGUUAUUAACUCAGAAUACUGAGCUGAAUUAUGCCCCUCAGUAUUCGUUACUGAUGGGGAUGAUUCAGAACAUGUUUCCAAAUUGAUAUCAAGUGAAACUUCUUUUCGGAAAAUUAAUGAAAAUUUUAGUGUUUUUUUAAAUUUAAUUUCAGUUUCAUACUUUUGCGACGGAAAAUUCCACUUGAUAUCAUCUCAGAAUCAUGGUCUGAAUUGUCCCUCAAAGUUUUCGUUACGAUGUCACUAACCUGUAUACGUCCCACUGCUGGGAACAGGCCUCCAUUCAACCGGAGGUGUGGAGCAUACUCCACCACGCUGCUCCACUGCGGGUAACAACAGUAGGUAACGUGAUUCUUUUUUAUUUUAUUGUCAAACCUACGGUUACUACGAUAGCAUUUUAAUGACAUCUUUUAUUUUCUAAUUAUAAAAUAUAUUUGUCAUGAAAAAUCUAUACACUUCCGAUUUUUUUUUGCAACCUGGGGGUUAAGGCCACAUUGCAGCAUUUCAUCCUACAUAUACAUAUAUCUAUACAGACUGUUAGUGACAUCGUAACGAAUACUGAGCGGGAUGAUUCAGACCAUGAUUCUGAGUUAAUAUCAAGUGGAAUUUCCCGAACCAAGUAAUAUAUAAUAUUCUCUCUCUUUAUUUAAGAGCUGCGCUCUUGUCGGUGGAGUAACCGCCAUUACAUAAUAAUGUAAUAUUACUUGGCAGAAAUUGCUGCUUAACAAUAAGGCCGUCAGAUUGUACUAUAUCUAUCGUCCAUGUGUGUAAAACUUGUUUUGUAUGUUAUGUGCGGUAAAGUAUAUUUGUAUUUUCAUCUACAUAAACUGCCUAUAUACGUCCCACUGCUGGGCACAGGCCUCCCCUCAAUCAACCGGAGGGGGUAUGGAGCAUACUCCACCACACUGCUUCACUGCGGGUUGGUGGAGGUGUUUUUACGGCUAAUAGCCGGGACCAACGGCUUAGCAUCUAAAAAAGCAAUAUUGCUAUUUGAUAUUUGUUUGCAUUGCGCAGUUAUUUAUAUAUGCGCAGUAUCAAUUCGCAAUAUCACCUUUUUAAAUGAAUUGCUACGAUGUGGCCUCUUUAAUCCCCGCUGUGAGGAGUAUAAAAUGCCAAACUAAUUAAAAAUUGAUAAAGUUUAGAUGAUGCGGACAAUGGUGCUAAUUCCUGCAGACGCUACCUAAUUUUAUUUUAAGUUAUACCUGUCAUUUUCUUAUCCGCCGAAAAGGAAAGGGACGGGUAAUCGACAAGCAUAAAAUUUAUGGAACACACGUAAAUUUUAAGCACAAAUCUAAAACAACCGUCUAAAAAUUUUACAUUGGCCAAUAGCCCGACAGAAUUAAGUUGACAGCACACGUCAAAUGGUUUGCAUACCAGCGAGAUACCAUUUUGAUUCACCUGGGUUAUUCAUUCAUUUAUUUUAUUUAUUUUACUCAUUCUUUAUAAAAUUAAGAGCUGUCAAUCAUCCGUCCCUUUCCUUUUCGGCGGAUAAGAAAAUGACAGGUAUAACUUAAAGUAAAAUUAGGAGGUGUCUGCAGGAAUCGGGGCCAAUGUCAAGUUAAAAUACAAAAAUGCUCAGCUGAGGCAGAGUCGAGUGGGGGAAGAGUCGAGUGGAUAUCUUAGACUACGGGCUCGAGGCUUCUAAACGGAAAAUAUUAAUGAUCGAAAAACGAUUCAAUGAUCUUGUAUAUAUAAUGUGGCAGACAACGUUGUCACGUAUGUUUUGGAAAUUCUUAAGAAAUUAGAAAUGUAAAUUAUUUGUGAAAAUCUUCGAAAUGAGGUUGUGUAUUGGGGACUGUGCCCACUACACCGUAUCAUAUCAGGACCGCACUAGGAGCGUGUCAAGCAGGGACCGGCGCGUGCCGGACGCUACUAUGCCCGCUGCAACGGAGCGACCCCUUUCUAUCCCCGUAUGGACGAUAAGAAAGAAAGAAAUAUUUAUUACUUCCGAACACCCGACGAGGUUGCCUGGCAGAAAUUGCUGUUUAGCAAUAAGGCCGCCUAUUGUGCUUAUGUUUUAUUCGUAUGUUUAUGUCCUUUAUAUAUGUUGUUGUGCAAUAAAGUAUUAUUGAUUGAUUGAUUGAACACCACAGACACAGACAGACAGGUACAUUACAUUCAACACAGGGCAGAAACCACACGGAAAUCAAUAAGUACACAGACAAAAAAAAAUCCAAAACAAAAAGAACACACUCAAGAGUACCUACUUAUAAUUUUAAUUCAUUGUCUUUUUAUUGUUUCUUUUUUCUACCUAAAGCUACUGUAUAAAUAUUUAAUAUCCUCUAGCCCUCGUUGACAAUUACUUCCGCACAAUAUCCCAGGAAGAGGAAAUGACUGAAAACCAGCGCUGGAUGGCGCCAUAGCAUGGCUCCAUCGCAGCACAAGCUGAGCCAAUUCCUUUUGCCCGUAUUCGCAAUAUUCAUAAUUACUUAGUUUAUAUAGGAAAUGUAAAUUGUUACUGGCAAUAAAUUUAUUUUAUUCUUAUUCUUAAGAAAAACAAACCAAAAUCAUAAAAACAAUAAUAAUAAAACCAAGUAUUCUAAAUGCAACGCACUGACGGCCCGAUCAUCUGCGGUGGAGUCCGGAAUAAAAGGACCUCGCUCAGCAUAAGUCGCGGCGUGAGCCACGACGCUGGUAUUCUGCGGGCCCUGCCAAAAGCUUUAUUCGCAUAAUAUUCUUUAUUCGCAUAAUUAUAAUCAUAAUCAUAUCAUUUAUUGAGUUAUAUCAUUUUUAGCUGCAAAAGUCCAAUCAGUUUCUUGCAAAGUAAUAAACUAACUGGUUACACUUAACACCUUAGCCAUACAUUCGUACACAGCGGUUAUACUGCGACUCUCAUUGACCGGGAGUACUUGUUUGUGUAUUUUAAAGUAGAAUAAUAAUUUUGGUGGGUUUUACUGCGAAAAUUAAAAUGUUUAUACUAUGAUAACAUGCACAAUGCCAUUACUUAUAGAAAUAUGAUGUUUCAUCCUUCUUUUUUCGCUUUGACGUUUUUACGACCCACAUCCCCGUGUUGCCAGUUCGACGCCUAAUCGCGCACUGAGGUAAAGUACUGUCAACGUCGCUAUAUUAACAGUAACUUUGCGUCCCACUUUUUGAGCGCUGAUGUUCAAUGAUGAUGUUCAAUCUACAGUAGUAAUAAAUCUAUAUAAUAUGGUGUAGUGGGUACGGACCUUUGUAAAUUUUAUAUUUGUGUUUUGUAUUUAUUUGUUCAAUAUUUACAGUGGCGGGUAAAAUAGCAGCGGAUAGAUUUCAAGGUUAGGAUCGUAGCAAAUGGAAGUCCAUAGUGUCAUCACCAGCCCAUUAACGUCCCCACUGCUGGGGCACGGGCCUCCCCUAUGGAUGGAUAGGGAGAUCGGGCCUUAAACCACCACGCGGGCCCAGUGCGGGCGGUGCGGGGAGGUGAAGGGGGGGGCAUAAAUUCGACCAAGACCCUGGCCGCAAACUAACUUUAUCAAUUUAGAUUGCUUGAAACUCAUAACUGGGGUCUGGGGCAUACUCCACCAAACUGCUCCACUGUGGUUUGGUGGAGAUUAUCACGCGUAGCUCGCCAUUGUAAUAUUGACAUUUUCGAUCAAUCUUCCUGUUAGUGUCAAUUUUGGCGUAUUUUUAGUUGGAUAGUUCUGAAAUUAACUCUGAUUCAUCAUCAUCAUCAAUUUAAGAGCCACAUCUAAAUCUAAAACAACCCUAUAAAAAAUUACAUUGGUCAACAAUCCGACAGAUUUAAGCUAAGUUAAGUUUGCAUUCCAAGAUACCUAUUUGAUUCGCCCGUGUUAUUGAUUCAUUCACUCAUUCUUCCUAAAAUUACCAGCUGUCAAUCAUCCAUCCGUUUCCUUUUUGGCGGGAAUGAAAAUGACAGGUAUAACUUAAAGUGAAAUUAGGAAGUGUCUGUAGGAAUCGGGGCCUCUAUUGCUAUAAUAUUUUUAACUCGAAUUUAAAGAUAGAUAAUAAAUACUAUGUAAACAGUCUGUAAUUUUUUUAGAGAAGAUAGGCUAGUGUCCAACUAGUCAAAUCAGUUACUUUUUAUUAAACGUCAAAACAAGAAAUUACUAUGGAAUUUGUGUGAGAAAGCAACCUGUGACGUCAUAGAAAAACGUGACAAAAUGUCGGACUUGUUAUUACGUUUUUCUUGAGUAAAAUUCAUAAAUAAGAUAAAUAGAAAAAAAGAAAACGUUUUUUGACACUUUCAGAUCUGUCUUUAUUUAGUAAAUCAGUAUUUCAUAAUUUAUCUUUGACCCAGGAAACUACCCGAUUGGAGUGGAACGGAGGGAAACCACUGUCAUAUUUGUACACUAGCUUUUGCCCGCGACUUCGUCCGCGUGGCGUGUUAUAACAGAGAGAUCUUUGUGUGUGUGUGGGAGUGCAUAUCAAAUUUCAAGCAUCUAACUUAUGCAGUUUAGAAUUUUUCAUACAAAAGUUCCUUCCCGCUAACUCCCGUUUCCGUGGGAAUUAUGCAAUAUCCUGUUGCAACUAAGCUUUAAGGUAACUAAGGUACCUGCAUGCCAAAUUUCAAGCGUCUAACUUAAGCGGUUUAGAUUUUUCAUACAAAAGGAUUUUCUCGCUAAUUCCCGUUCCCGUGGGAAUUCCGGGAAUUCCUUUCUUAGUGCACCUCUACGGUACCUAAGCUACGUCCCUUCCAAAUUUCAAGUGCCUACGUUUAGCCGUUUAGACUGUGCGUUGAUAUGUCAGUCAGUUUCUCCUUUUAUAUAUUUAGAUAAAAGUAGCAUAGAGAAUGCUACUUUUAUGGACUAUACCGACAAGAGCGUGGCUCUUAGUGAUGAUGAUGAUGAUAAUUCGCCUGUAAUAAGAACUGGGGGGUUAAAAUGGCCACAUCGAAGCAAUUCAUCUAGAAAAGCAAUAUUGCUAUUUGACAUUUGUUUGCAUUGCGCACUUACAUUUAUAUGCGCAAAUGUCAGAUUGCUUUUUUUAGAUGAAUUGCUUCGAUGUGACCAUUUUAACCCCUUGUAAUAUUAGUUUUAAUAAAGUAUUCGUGUUGUAUAUAAUUGUAUUAACUAUUAACGUGGCUAUCGCCUCGUUUAUAUGUACGAAAUUUUCUAAGUAAGCAAUAAAUGAAUUUAAUUCAGAA